AUAAUAAUUAUAUUCCUGUGUUCGCGAUACAAUCAAAUGAAUAUGUAAUAUUUUGCAUUGUCAUUUGUUCUCUUAAAAAAAUAGAAGUUAUUUACUUACUAGGAACUCUUAAGAUAAAUACUUUGAUCGUGACCAUGAAGAGAAAUCUAAAAACAUAAUAUUAGAAAAUAAUAACUUGCUAUUCGUUAAAACUGAUAUUUAAAGAAUUUAUCGAAAAUAUAUGUAUAUAUGUGAAUUAAUAUCAAUUCGAUUCAUACAUCAGAAUUAGUAGAUUGAAAAAAACAAUUAAUUGUGGAUUGAACGGAAACCGAUUGAGUGCAAACGUUUACGAAAAAUGCAAAUUAUGUUUGGAACAAUUUUAUGUGUUUUAUUGAACAGUUUAGUACUGACAAAGGCAACUAUCACGCCGAAGGAUGAUAACACUUCAAACAUCUUUCAGGAAGAAAGUAUUUCCAUAUAUCCGGAUUUAAAUUUCACGCAGAAUAUUUCAAUGUCCGAGAAAAAUUAUCAUCGUAUAUUAAAUUUCAAAUCUGACCGGAGUCAUUCUGAUAGUACUGUGAGAAAUGAGCGAGAAGUCGAUGAAGUUACGCUUGCAAAUAUUUCUAUCAUCCCAAAAUCUAUCGAUAUUUCGGACACUCCUGGAAUAAUAGUGAAAAAAUAUUACUUAUUAUUGAUGUUAGGUUUUAUCGUUAUAGUUAUUAUAAUCUGCCUCUGCUACUUUUAUUGUUUGUAUCGUCAAUGCAGAGGGAAUAAUGAACAAUUUUUGUCUUCAACAAUGUUCGAUAUAGAAUUGGACAUUAUGGACCGGAUGAAUGUGCGAUAACUAAAAUAGCACGUAAAGAAAUUAGAUUUACAAAACAUAUUGAUACCGGCACAUUCGGAAUGGUGUAUCAAGGAAAAGUGAAAAACUUAGAAAGUUCGGGCACAGAGAUAUCCGUUGCAAUAAAAACGCUUCGGAAAGAUGCUUCUUCCCAUGAGAAAAAGAGAUUGUUAAAGCCGAACAUAUGAAUCGUUUUAGACACAAACAUAUAUUAAGAUUGUUGGGCGUUUGUUUGGAUGGAAUUUCUCCGUUUCUAGUGUACGAAUUAAUGGAAACUGGUGAUUUGUCAAAAUAUUUGAGAGAUUGUCGAAAUUUGGAAGCGUCAGAUUCGCACGCUCUGCGUUUGCAAGAUUUGUUCGCCAUGUGCGAAGAUGUUGCGCGAGGUUGUUGCUACUUGGAAGAAUUGCAUUUCGUACAUAAAGAUCUAGCGUGUCGCAAUUGUUUAGUAUCUUCGAGAAAUCGCGAGAAUCGUAUUAUCAAAAUUGGAGAUUUUGGAUUAGCUAGAGAUAUCUACAAGGAUGAUUAUCGCAUGAGAGGAGAAGAUUUGCUUCCUGUUCGCUGGAUGGCACCCGAAUCUUUGAUCAUCAGAACAUUUACUUCUCAAAGCGAUGUUUGGUCAUUUGGUGUUUUAAUGUGGGAAAUUACAUCGUUGGGUGAGCAACCUUAUAGUGCCAAGACUAAUGAGGAAGUAUUUUAUGUAAUUGCUGGAAACAGGUUGCCGAUGCCUCUUAACUGUCCGUCACUAUUGUAUCAGUUGAUGGAACGUUGCUGGAGUGAAGCAGCGGCUGCUAGACCAAAUUUCGAAUUUUGUCUGAACAAUAUUAUAGCAUUAAGAGAGAACAUAAAAGAUGCCUUACUGAGUCCAGUUGAUACUAUUUAGCUGAUAUUAUAAUUAAAUUAAUGUUUAUUUUCCAAAUGAUCCAAUAAAUCUUACUGUAGGAAAAAUAUUUCUAGAUAAUUGAUUCUGUCUGUUCUGAAUCUUUAAAUUUU